AUGGCCACCAAGCUCGUUACCGUCUUUGGCGCAACUGGUGCCCAGGGCGGCAGCGUCGUCCAGGCGUUGCUCCGCGACAAGUCCGGGACCUUCAAGAUCCGUGGCAUCACUCGCAACCCGGCGUCGGAAGCAGCCAAGGCCCUCGCCGACUCGGGGGUCGAGGUCGUCAAGGCAGACGGUCUUAACAUAAGCGAGCUCGUGCCUGCUUUCGAGGGAAGUUGGGCCGUUUUUGUCAACAUCAACUCGGAUGAUCCAUGCCUCAACCAGAAAGACGGGCCCUCGGAAACAGACAUGGGCAAGAUCAUCAUCGAUGCGGCUCUCGAGGCUGGCGUCCAGCACUUCGUCUUCAGCGGCAUGGCCUCCGCCUCGGAGAUCACCAACGGCGCGGUCCCUAACCAGGCCUUUGACGAAAAGCAUGCCAUCGGACAGCAUGGCCGCAGCAAGGCUUUCACAUCCUUUGUCGACGUCAGCCCGGGUUGGUACAUGGAAUCUUUCCUUUGGCCUGAUCUCGCGCCGGUCUUCGGCGGUUUCCCUUUCAACCCCGAUGAAGAGGGCCACCUGACCUUCACCUGCCCCCGUUGGGGCGGUCCCAACGACGAAGCUCCCUUCAUUGCCAUGGCGGCCGAUUACGGCGACAUGGUGCACGGCGUCCUGCUGGCGCCCGAGAAGUACAACGGCCGGCUCAUCCAAGGCCUAAGUCAGUCUCGUAGCCUGGAGAGCGUAAUACCCGACUACCAGACAGCAACCGGCAAAAAGGCACGUUUCCGGUUCAUGGAGACAUGGGAGGAACUCGAGACGUAUGGCAUGUCGGGGCUCGUCACCGUGCAGCGCAUGUUCGGCUUCUGCCAGUACUCUGGAGGGUUAUACUAUGGCUUGCCCAACGACACGAUGCAGGCUGCCGAACUCAAGGCCGCCGCUGCCACCGCCCAGGGCAAGACUGGAGACGAUGCAAAGUUGAUGACGUUGGAGCGAUUCUUCAAGCAACAUCUUGCGUAA